GAUACAUUUGAGAGGGAACAGUCACUUCGCAAGUAUUUUGGUUGGCAAAGGUUAAAGGUAGCUGUGCUCUGAUUUCAAAUCAUUUACAUUUGUGGCAUUUAUACGAUAACUUUGGUUGUUGACCUCGCUUACUUUAAAUUGCUGAAAAAAAUAAUUAAAGACAAGUUAGAAUCAACAGCAUGAAGUUGGUGAUAUUCAAAUUCUAAUACUUGAACGUUAGCAUGUUAGCUGGCUAAGCUAAAUAGCGUAACUCUGUUCUAGCUAUCAGCCUAAACUGAUGCAUUAACGUUAGCUAGCUCGCAGCUCUACCUUGCUCGGUCCCACCGGAAAAGAGGGACAGUGAAGUAGAUUUUUGAAUCUAAAAGUUACCCAAGAUGAACAAAACAAACUAAUAUUUAUUUGGCUUGUUUUGGCGCAUUGAUAUAAUGGGUUUUUGUCGAACGAAUUAUCAACCACGCUUAGUUGAGUGUUUCAUGUGAACGCUGAAGCUUGUUUCGCUAUUUUAAUGGGAGGCGGACUGCGUUGGAGUGCAUCUAGUGGGCAGGACUUGCGAAGAAGGCGGAGGUGCCGGCGACCUGCUGGGCUUGGAUGGAGUCGCUUGCCGGGUACGUCUACAAAGCGGCCGCUGAGGGUCGAGUCCUUACGCUAGCUGCCCUGCUUCUCAAUCACUCCGAGGCCGAGACACGAUAUUUACUUAGUUACGUGACCCACCUCGCCGGUCAAAGGUCAACCCCGCUCAUAAUCGCAGCUCGAAACGGACAUGACAAAGUUGUGAGGUUGCUGCUGGAUCACUACAGGGUGGAUACUGAACAGACUGGUACAGUCAGAUUUGACGGGUAUGUCAUCGACGGGGCCACCGCAUUGUGGUGUGCAGCUGGUGCUGGGCACUUUGAGGUUGUCCGCCAGCUAGUGUGUCACAAGGCCAACGUCAACCACACCACUGUCACUAACUCCACACCCCUGAGGGCGGCUUGCUUCGACGGGCGCCUGGACAUCGUGAAGUACCUGGUGGAGCACCAGGCCAACAUCGGUAUCGCCAACAAGUACGACAACACAUGCCUGAUGAUUGCCGCCUACAAGGGCCACACCGACGUGGUGGGCUUCCUGCUGGAGCGCGGCGCCGAUCCGAACGCCAAGGCCCACUGCGGGGCCACCGCCCUGCACUUUGCCGCUGAGGCUGGCCACCUGGACAUUGUCAAGGAGCUGGUGCGCUGCCAGGCGGCCAUGGUGGUCAACGGCCACGGUAUGACACCCCUCAAGGUGGCGGCAGAGAGCUGCAAGGCCGAUGUGGUGGAGCUGCUGCUGUUGCACGCCGACUGUGACCCGCGCAGCCGCAUCGAGGCCCUGGAGCUGCUGGGCGCGUCGUUCGCCAACGACCGGGAGAACUACGACAUCCUCAAGACUUACCACUACCUGUACCUGGCCAUGCUGGAGCGCUACCGAGACCCCGGCGCCGUCAUCACCAAGGAGCACACGCCGCCCGUUGAGGCCUACGGCGGCCGGAGCGAGUGCCGCAGCCCGCGUGAGCUGGAGGCCAUCCGGGGGGACCGCGACGCGUUGCACAUGGAGGGCCUGAUGGCUCGCGAGCGCAUCCUGGGCUCAGACAACAUCGACGUGUCGCACCCCAUCAUCUACCGCGGCGCGGUGUACGCAGACAACAUGGAGUUCGACCGGUGCAUACGGCUGUGGCUGCACGCACUGCGCCUUCGCCAGAAGGGCAACCGGAACACGCACAAGGACCUGCUGCGCUUCGCCCAGGUCUUCUCCCAGAUGGUGCACCUGAAGGAGCCGGUGGGGGCCGAGCCGGUGGAGCAGGUGCUGCGCUGCAGCGUGCUGGAGAUCCAGCGGAGCAUGGCCAGGGUGGAGACUGCGCCCGAGGCCGAGCUGCCGGCGGCCCUGGACAACUAUGAGUCCAACGUGUUUACGUUCCUCUACCUGGCGUGCAUCAGCACCAAGACGACCUGCGGCGACGAGGAGCGUGCCCGUGUCAACAAGCAGAUCUACAACCUGAUCCGGCUGGACCCGCGCUCCCGGGACGGCUCGUCCCUGCUGCACCUGGCCACCAGCUCCAGCACGCCAGUGGACGACUUCCACACCAACGAUGUGUGCAGCUUCCCGAAUGCGCAGGUUGCCAAGCUGCUGCUGGAGUGUGGCGCGCAGGCCAACGCGGUGGACAACGAGGGCAACAGCCCGCUGCACGUCAUCGUGCAGUACAACCGGCCCAUCAGCGACUUCCUGACGCUGCACGCCAUCAUCAUCAGCCUGGUGGAGGCGGGCGCCCACACGGACAUGACCAACAAGCAGAUGAAGACGCCGCUGGACAAGACCACAACGGGCGUGUCGGAAAUCCUGCUCAAGACCCAGAUGAAGAUGAGCUUGAAGUGCCUGGCGGCGCGAGCCGUGCGCCGGCAUCGAAUCACCUACCGCAACCAGAUCCCCAAAACCCUGGAAGAGUUUGUGGAGUUCCACUGAUCCACCUGACUGGAGGAGGCUUUUUAAAACAAUUCAAAGAAAAAAAAACAAUCACUUGUUCCAGUUUACUUUUCAAAGUUGUUUUCUGAGAAAUUCUAACGGUGCUGGCUGGGGAUGAUUACGGUGAUUAUGAAUAUCUCAAACACUUGUUUUGUUUUCCUCUUAACAACGGUUCCUGUUUUGCCAUGGUAAGUAUGAGUUGCCAGUGCCAGCAGCAGUCCCGUAUACUCCCCCUUGCACAUCACCUGCUGUCAUUUCAGGUGUUCACUGGCAGACUGGGUAAAUUGUCCGCCCGCUUGGCGCUUUCACUUGACCAGAGUGUUCCAAAGAGAAUACUUGGCACAGCCGAGCAUCCACACAUCAGCCACAACAGGAGUGUCUGGCUGCUUGUACUGCAUGGAUCCACGUGUCCCAGACUCCCCGCCUUAUUAAGGUGCUGUGUUGUUUUAACGCUACGUUACAUUGAUUAUGGGGGGUGCGUGCGUGCGUGCGUGCGUUACCGAGUGAAUGAGCACCAGUGAGAUAAAGGCCCUGGAGAAGGUAGUAUUUAAAAUCUAUGUAACAGAGUGUAUCUUAGAACAGCACAUCUUUGGAAAGCAGCCAGUCAAAGUUUGUUAGACCAUGAUUGACUUCCUGUGACUUUUUGUUGGCUCCACUGAUGUCUGUAUUCUGAUGUUGUUUGGCCUUGUGAUUGUCAUUUCUAGUUGCAUUGCCUGAUUGUUUUCCGAUGUUUAAUUCCCAACUGAAGAUGGAUAAUUGAUUCAUAAUAAUGGGAUUCUUCUGUAAAACACACAACUUAGAAAGACAACUGCUGGACCGCACUUUAUACUCAACCGGAGAAACCCCCCCCCCCCCUACACACACACACACACAAUUACCAAUCUUAUAUGUUUAUUUAAGAGGGAAUAUUUGAAGAUAUAUUUUUAAUGAAAAAAGCAACAUCUCCAGAAACGGAUGUAAAAUGAGCUUUCUUUUACACAAAUGAUGACUGGUUGAUGAUGUCUCUGUAACUCGCUGUAACACUGUUGUAUUUUGAUUUAGCCUUUUGGAAUAAGCCGGCCUAGAUAUCUCCUUUCAGCCAACACAUUUGGGUGGUUGGACAUCCUUACUUGCAUUGAUUCAGUGUGAGGAUGUAUUAUCGGCAGCUCUGUGUGUGGAGACUUUUGCUUGAGCAUCGCCACGUUGGGCUUUAAAAUGGAUGCUGCUGGUAAUGACAUUUUGAGCAUGUCUUCCAUCCUCUUGGUCUUGUGUGGGUGUGAGUGUACGCAUGCUGAGAGAAAGAGGGAAGGACCAGAGUGUCCCGUUGAGUUGUGUAGGUCUACAGCCCAUAAUGCACGUAACCAUUUGUCUGUAAUAACCAAUGAUCAUGUCUGUCGCUGGUUCGGGUUUCAGAUGGUCAGAGAUUAAAGCUGAGGACGAAAGGGGAUAUCUGCCCGUUUCAUCCAAGUAAUACUGUGAUAGUGGCGUCAUCAUUCAGUCUGCUUUCUACUAGAAGGGUAUUGCUGAGUCUUUAAACUAUCUAUUGAUUUGAUCAUAUUUGAAGUUAACUGUAUGAUAGUAUGUUUUACUUAUUUUUAUUUUUUUUGUCUCAUGAGUGGAGAAUGUAUAUAACAGGAAUUUCUAUUUUAAUAUUUUGUAUUUGGGCUGAGUAGGGGACUUGUGGAUGCAAUUGAACCCAAAGACAGUUUAACUGUUUCUUUCCUCAUCAGUUUACAUUUGUCUGUUGGAAGGACUUGCACAUUCAUGUGUUGAAGACAUUAAAGAUGUUGCCAUUGUACACUUGCUGCAAAGACUGUGUUCUUAAAGCUCUGUUUCCCAAUAAAUGUAUGACCUCUUGA